AUGCAAGGUCGCGUGGUCUCCGGGUUGGUCUCCCGUCAGAUAGAACACUACGCUCCAUGGUUAGUUCUUCAACAAAUUCUUUUUCUGUCCUUUCUGAUGAUUAAGUUACUUUUUUGGAAUAUAAGAGGGGUAGCUCGUGCUCCUAAUUUAAGGCGGUUAAGGAAACUUAUUAAAUUGUAUGAUCUUCAAUUGGUGGUUGUUGUUGAACCUAAGUUGAGGGUGGAGUCAAUUACUGAUAUUAGAAUUAAAUUGGGGAUGGAUUGUUGCAUGUUCAAUCAUUGGGGUUCUGUUUGGAUUUUCUACCGGUCAUUGUUUACGUGUCAGAUUACAGGGGAGUCUCCCCAACAUAUAACUAUUAGAGUACAAUCUCAUCUUUUCCAAGACUCCAUUAUUUUGUCUUGUAUACACGCGAAGUGUACGCAGCAGGACAGAGAGGAUUUGUGGAAUGCACUUUUGCAGGAUAAACCCGCCUUCAAUCCUUGGUUUUUGGUGGGGGAUUUCAAUGUGGUCACAAAUACAGAGGAGAAGAGGGGUGGAUUGCCAUUUAGACCGUCGGAGGGAUCAGACUUUCUGAAUUUUAUGGCGCUAGCUGGUGUCAGUGAUGCGGGAUUCUCUGGGUCAAGGUUUACAUGGUGUAAUAAUCGUUCGGGAACGGCGCGGAUCUGGAAGCGUCUGGAUCGCUUACUUCUGUGUGGGAGUGCAAUGGAGCUACCGUACCAAUUCAUGGUGCAACAUUUAGGCCGUGACCCGUCGGAUCAUGCUCCCUUGUUGCUAUCGGUGGAUACGAGGCUAGACAAUAAACCCAAGCCGUUUCGUUUCUUAAACAUCUGGACCACUCAUCCUGAUUUUCUGGGGGUUAUCAAGGACUGGGUACGUAGUGCAGAGCGUGUGGUAACCGAGUCUGAGACAGCAUACGACCUCGAUCCUACUGAGCAGCGACGGAGCGAGUUACAUCAUGCUCGGGCUCGAUUGCGCCGAGCGCUUGUAGUUGAGGAGGGUUUUUGGAGACAAAAGGCGCGGGUUAAGUGGCUUUCGGACGGAGAUAGGAACACCAAAUAUUUCCACUCCUUGGUUACGGAAAGGAGACGUAGGGCAGUAAUUCAUCGAGUCAGGGGUACUGCUGGAGAGUGGAUCGAGGGGGAAUGCCAAAUUGGGGAGGCAGCGGUGGGUUUCUUUAAGGAUCUUUUCACGGCAGAGGGGGAUCUUCCCUCCCUUACCGGUCUGGAGAUCAUACCUAAACUGAUAACAGACCAGGAAAACUCACGGUUAACGGACAUUCCAUCUCUUACAGAAGUUAAAGACAUAGUCUUUGCUAUGGAUGGAGAGAGCGCAGCCGGCCCGGACGGGUUUACAGGGAAAUUCUUUACCUUUGCUUGGGAGGUAGUGGCAUCGGAUUUAUACCGGGCGGUUGUCAGCUUUUUCUGCGGUGCUGAACUACCUAGGAGUAUCACGGCUACCUCAAUUGUGUUGCUGCCAAAAGUGGAGAACCCCCAAGAUUUUAAGCAUUUUCGUCCAAUCAGUCUGUGCAACUUUACUAACAAAAUCAUCUCCAAGCUGUUAUCGGCAAGGUUGGCGAUGAUAUUACCCCGGAUUAUAUCUCCACAGCAAAGCGGGUUUGUCCAAGGGAGGCAGAUUACAGAUAAUUUCUUGUUAGCUCAGGAGUUAGUAGCCGAUAUCGGGAAAUCAAAUCGGGGUGGCAAUGUGGUCAUCAAGUUAGACAUGAUGAAGGCUUAUGAUAAAGUCUCAUGGCCCUUUCUCCUACAGGUGCUACGAUAUUUCGGAUUCAGUGAGACCUGGAUAGACAUGAUUUGGCGCUUAAUAUCGAAUGUGUGGUUCUCGGUACUUGUUAAUGGUGGUUCAAACGGCUUUUUCAGAUCUUCACGGGGUUUACGGCAAGGGGAUCCAAUUUCACCAGCCUUAUUCGUUAUCGGAGCUGAGGUGCUGUCUAGAACCCUCAACACGCUACCCACACAAAGAGGAUUUACUCCGUUCAAAGUUCCUCCUCAUUGUUCUAUAAUUACGCAUUUGGCAUUCGCCGAUGACGUGAUUAUCUUUUCCAGUGGGGCCAAGUCAUCCCUACGUCUGAUUAAACGGGUUUUGGAUGAUUAUAAUGAGGCAUCAGGUCAGCGAAUCAACCCUCAGAAGAGUUGUUUCCUUACUCAUCCACGGGCACCAUCUCAGAGGGCAGCGGUUGUUAACCAGAUACUAGGGUAUAAUAAACGCGACUUUCCAAUACGGUACCUUGGUUGUCCCUUGUAUACCGGAAGGAGCAAGAAGGUUUACUAUACGGAUAUAUACAAUGCGGUGGCGAAUCGGAUUUUGAGUUGGAAAAACCAGAUAUUAUCGCUAGGAGGCAGGGUGGUGUUGAUUCAGAGCGUGUUAUCCUCUAUGCCAAUUCACUUGCUGGCAGCCGCGUCCCCUCCAAAAGGGAUGUUGAUGGUCAUAGAGAAAUUGUUCGCCAAGUUCUUGUGGGGAUCUUCGAAUUUCGGGGAUAAAUUCCAUUGGAUACGUUGGGCAGAUUUGUGUCGGCCGAAGGAUGAAGGGGGUGUAGGCCUGCGGGGUUUGAAACAGGUCUACGACUCAUUUUCCAUUAAACUCUGGUGGAAAUUUCGACAACAACAAUCAUUAUGGGCAAAGUUUAUGUCCCAGAAGUAUUGUGCAGGUCAUCACCCUUGUCUUGCUGAUAUUGGGCAUCCGGGAUCCCAAGUUUGGCAGAGGAUGGUUACAAUGCAGCGUUUUGGGGAGGAUAAUAUUAGCUGGGUAGUUCGGGAGGGGGCUUUGGACUUUUGGCAUGAUAAUUGGAUGGGGUCAGGUGCGCUUUGUGACAAGGUUGAGGUCUUCCAUGAUCAUUCGGUGGUUGAUUUUGUAGAUCGGCGGGCUUGGAAUGUGGACAUGCUCCAUCAAUUCUUGGAUGGAGAAUUGGUUACGCAGGUUUUGGAGAUUGACCCUCCUACCGAUAGGGGAAAUGAUACAAUGGUAUGGGCAUUGACGAACUCGGGUGUUUUUUCCACUGCAUCGGCUUACUCAUUGAUCCGUCAAUCCAAUGACAAUUCUUGGCUUUUUGGUCGUAUAUGGCAGCAGGGUCUUCCAGUCAAGGUUUCUUUCUUUAUGCUGCGACUACUACAGGGGAGGCUCCCUCUUAUGGAUCGCCUAAAGAGGUUUGGGGUUUGUGGCCCAUCUAGAUGCUUGUGUUGUCAGAAUCCCCAGGAGGAGGAUUUGAAUCAUGUGUUUUGCUCAGGAGAAGGGGCACGAUUGGUCUGGCGACACUUCGAGAGUACUGCUGGUGAGUUUAGUGGGGUGCAUACGGUGCGUCAUAUGGUGUGGUCUUGUUGGUUAAGGAGGGGGACUAAUGAUCGUGUAAAGUUUUUGCAUAAUAUACUUCCUUCGGUGGUAUGCUGGGUUUUAUGGAAGGCUAGGAAUGAAGGGGUGUUUGAAGGUCGGAAGAUGAGGAUCAGGCCUACGGUGAAUCGGAUUGUUCAGUUUCUGCAUGAUUUCCUUCAGUCACGGUUCCCGGGGGUGCAGCCUUCUGCCCCUACAUGGGAAGGGUUGCUUCUCGAAUUAGGUAGUCAUCAAAGGCGGAUGGUUAUUAGGCCAGUUUACUGGGUAACUCCACGUAGAGGCUAUAAGUUGAAUUCAGAUGGAUGUUCUCGGGGGAACCCAGGAAGGAGUGGGGGGGGUGGGCUUGUGCGGGAUAGUCGAGGAAAUUUUGUAUUCGGCUACGCGGAGCCCUUCGGGGUGAUAACCAGCAUGCAGGCGGAACUUCGAGCGUUGCUAUGGGGCGUUAGACAUUGUGUGAUUCGAGGGUGCUUGGAGUUACACUUAGAGGCGGAUUCUCUCACCCUGGUUCACAUUGUUCAAGGGACUAGUGCUUGUCCUUGGCGUUUACAGAGAGAUCUGGAUGAGUUGAUGAUGUUCAAGCAAUAUUUCACAUCGAUCACACACUGCUACAGGGAAGCAAACGCACCUGCAGAUCAUUUGGCAAAUUUUGGUGCUGAUUCUAGUGCAGAUGGGUAUGUUAAGCUAAAUACAGAUGGCUCCUCGCAUGGGAAUCCAAGGCUAAGAGGUGGCGGAGGGAUUCUCAGAGAUUCAAAUGGUGAUGUGGUGUUUGCAUUUGCAAAGUACUAUGGUUCUACUUCUUCCCUACAGGUGGAGGCUCGGGCUCUCUAUACCGGGCUUGAAAUUUGUGCCUCAAAGGGUCUCUCUGGGAUAGUGGUGGAGACUGAUUCUAAACUUCUAUGGGGUAUUCUGGUUUCUAAAUCUAUAGGUCCUUCUUCUAUUCGUUCGGUGAUUCAGAAGAUCCGUUGUUUUGAUCCUCUUGUCAUUUCAGUCAUACACUGCUUUCGGGAAGUGAAUAUGGUGGCUGACUCCCUGGCAUCAUUCUCAAUUUUUUCUGGCUCCUUUAUGCUAUUUCAGGCACAACAGGGUCUGCCUAAGUUGUCUAGGGCGUUAGUGCAUUUAGAUAGAUUGGGUGUUUGUAAUUUUCACCAGAGAAGAAGGUAG